CCUUAGAUCAAAACAAUCACUACAACAACAUCAAUAUACCUCAUAAAUCCUAUAAGAAUGGGGUAUGAGCAGUCAGUAGAUGUAAGUAGUCAUGUCUAUAAGAACAAUUGCAUCACAUAUGACCUCCGAUAUGGGCGUUACAAGAACAUCCAAAUGGAAAACAAGAGGUAGUAAGUAAAAAUGUGUAGAAAAAUAAAAAUAUUAGUACAUCAUAAUACAAGCAUAUGAGUCCGAGAACCUACAAAUGAGCUCAGACAUGGAAAGAGUAAGUUAAAGUAAUUAGUAAAAGAUAAAGGAGAAAGAAAAUCAUAAUGCACAUAUAUGAGUAUAAGAGCAGGAACAUUUAUAACAAUAAAGAUAAAAAAAAUUAGCACACAACAAGGGGCUAGGCUACUAUCCGAGGUCAUUUCCUUGGAAAGAGCAAUAUCUGUUGUGUAUAGUUUCAUACUAUCCUACCAAUUCCUUACAUGAUGUCCUAUCCUCCUCUUACUAUCAAACAUUAUUGACUAUAUCAGCAUUACCAUCGUCGAUGGCAGCCCCAUUUGGACAUGUCAAUGCCACCUCAAUCAUCAUUUCCUUAAUUUUAUGCUCCUUACUCCUAACAAAUUUCUUAUUGUCGCAUUUUGGUAUUCUAUCUAACAAAGUUCAGCAAGUUCACCUUAAUAUCCUCAUUUCAGCUACUUCUAUUUUUCUGUCGUGCUACUUUUUGUCCGCCAACAUUAAUUCAGAUCAUACAUCAUGAUAGACCUAAUAGUUUCUCUGUAAAACUUCCCUUUCAGAGGGUGUUUGAGAUUACUUUAAAAACGACCUUUGGACUUUUCAUUUUUCCAAAAAGUAAAAAAAAGUUGAGAAGUUCAAAAGUUCAAAAAAAAGUUCAAAGGAAAAAAAUUGGAUUCUAAAAAUCACGAAAUGGUGACUUUUUAACCUCCUAAAAACAACUUGUCUUUUGUUCGUCCAAACACAUUUUAAACCAUUAGUUUUGAAAAAAAAAAUUACAAAAAAGACUUUAAAGCUAAAAAAAUAAUCUCAAACACCCCCCUCAGUUUCAACAAGACAUUCCCUCUUACAAGACUCGCACAUCAUCCUCCAUUUUUGCCUACUUGUAUAUGCGAUGAGUGACAUCUAGGUAACUCUACAAGUACUCUCUGCCUUAUGUAUCAUAAGGCCCACAUAUUUGAAGCUCUCAUUCGAUAGAAUAGUUUGACCCCCUAUACUUAAAUCAAAACAAUCUAUUACCGCAAUUACAAAAUGAUUGGAAAAUUACAAAUUUUGGCCCAAUGUGUACUAUUCAAAUUCAUAAAAUUCCCUAUUUCGCUUUAUUAAAGAAAUUAAUGCCAUUGUUUUAUUAUGAUCUACUUUCAUUUCAGCAUCUUACAUAACUCAACUCAAUUAAAUGACAAAUAUACCUCCAAUUUUGUCCAACUAUAUCUCUCUACCCCCCACCUUAAAAUUACCUCCAAUUUUGUCCAAAACCAAGGGUAGUCAUAGAAACCCAUAAAGCUAGCUAGCUGAUGUCCCCCACAUCCAUUUCUCAUCUGAUUCUUACACUUUCGUUAGUUUCUUUUUAUACUUCUAAGGGAGUUGUAACCUGUGAAUCUUGAAUUACACAUUCAAAAGCUCUUACAUUUCUCUCUCUAAAACUUCAGGAGGGAGAGAGAGAGAGAGAGAGAGAGAGAGAAUGGCAGCGUGCACAAUUUACACAGUCCAAGCUCUCAACACAACAUGCUCGAUCUCAACACCCACAAAAACCCACCUGGGAUUCAACCAAAAGCAGGUCUUUUUCAACAGCAAUGGAGGUAAAGGGACAAGUAGUGGCAAGAUGAGAGGUGGUGAAAUAACAUGCUCAGGGGACACAAUAGUAAUUGGACUUGCAGCUGAUUCUGGGAGUGGGAAAAGUACCUUCAUGAGAAGGUUGACCAGUGUUUUUGGUGGUGCAGCUUCCCCUCCAAAAGGAGGGAAUCCCGACUCAAAUACACUCAUAAGUGAUACAACUACAGUCAUAUGUCUGGAUGAUUACCAUUCUUUGGACAGAACUGGAAGGAAAGAAAAGGGAGUGACUGCACUUGAUCCACGAGCCAAUGACUUUGAUCUUAUGUAUGAACAGGUUAAGGCUCUUAAAGAUGGUGUUGCUGUUGAGAAGCCGAUUUAUAACCAUGUUACUGGUCUUUUGGAUCCUCCUGAACUCAUCAAAUCCCCUAAGAUUCUUGUCAUUGAAGGUCUUCACCCAAUGUAUGAUCAGAGAGUUAGAGAUCUCCUAGACUUCAGUAUCUACUUGGACAUCAGUAACGAAGUUAAAUUCGCCUGGAAAAUUCAGAGAGACAUGGCAGAGAGAGGACACAGUCUUGAAAGCAUUAAAGCUAGUAUCGAGGCUAGAAAACCAGAUUUUGAUGCUUAUAUUGAUCCUCAAAAGCAAUAUGCAGACGCGGUUAUUGAAGUGUUGCCUACACGUCUGAUUCCAGAUGACAACGAGGGAAAAGUGUUGAGAGUGAAGCUGAUCAUGAAGGAAGGAGUUCCAUACUUCAAUCCUGUGUACUUAUUCGACGAAGGUUCCACCAUCUCAUGGAUCCCAUGCGGGAGGAAGCUCACUUGCUCGUAUCCUGGCAUCAGCUUCUCAUAUGGCCCAGACGCUUACUUUGGGCAUGAGGUUUCUGUGUUGGAGAUGGAUGGGCAGUUUGAUAGACUAGAUGAACUCAUCUAUGUUGAAAGCCAUUUGAGUAACAUCUCAACGAAAUUCUAUGGUGAAAUCACACAACAAAUGUUGAAGCAUGCUGAUUUCCCGGGUAGCAAUAAUGGCACUGGUCUCUUUCAAACCAUUGUAGGGUUGAAGAUCCGGGACUUGUUUGAACAAAUUGCAGCUAAAAGGGAGUCAACUCCACUUCAAUCUACAAAAAGUUAAAUAUUAUAAACAAGCAGUUUCUGAGUGUUUCAAUCCCAUAUGUAUUUAAGUUCCAGCUGUGUAUUGGAGAUCUGUACGUAAUAUAAGGAAUCCAAUUCAUAAAUGAUAACCCUAAUUUAAGAUCCAUAAAAGCAGUAUCAUUUGCAUUUUCCUGGUGGC